AUGGACGACUUUACUUCCCUCGAACUCCUGUCCCUCGUUUCCAAAGUCACCUCCGAAUUACAGAACCAUCUUGGUAUCAACGACAAAACGCUUGCCGAAUUUGUGAUCGAUCAACAUGAAAAAUGUGGAGGCCAACUAUCCGAGUUCAAGGACGCCAUGGUGGCCAUGGGGGCAGAGUUCCCCAACAGUCUGGUCGAGAGUAUCGAUCGAUUAAUCGUGACCAUGCAUCCCAAAUACAAGAGUCGGAAACAACCUACACCAAAUGGGAAUUCAGACUUGGAUGAGUUGGAUGCUGUCGGACGCAAGGCGCAAGUUUUCAAAGGAUUAGCAGUUCCGGAUCGUGAACAAAAUUGGGAUGACUACGAGGAUGACAUGGUGGGACAAAAAACUAUUGACGAGAGUCGGCCGUCCGAUGACGCCGAUACAUUUGCACUCCUGGAGGGUCUUGCCGGCAAAGCCAAAAAUGGGACCAAUGGAACCAGUCAACGUAGGAAGAGAAGUCGAAGUCCGGAUCGUGACGAUUAUCCAAGAGGCAGGAAGCCUAGACAAAAGUACUGGUCUCGGAGUCCCAGCCCGCAGGAAGAGAAGAGGCCACGCCGAUUUCGAGAUGACGAGUAUGACAGUCGACCAAAUGGUUACAGAGAGAGACACGGCGACAGGCGGAACGGUCAUCAUACGAGCAGGCGACGCGACUAUGACGAUGACGAUGGCUUUCGAAGACCUCCUCGGCAAGAAGUUGACGAAUCUCCUGUUCUUUACAAAGUUUAUGACGCCAUAAUUAAUGGGAUCAAAGAUUUUGGUGCAUUUGCCAGUCUUCGAGGGGUCAGAGGCAAUGUCAGUGGUCUGAUUCAUGUCUCGGCUGUUCAAGAAGGCGCAAGAGUCAACCAUCCCUCGGAUCUCCUGUCUCGAGGACAACUUGUCAAAGUCAAAGUGAUCAAAAUGGAAGACAACAAAGUCAGCCUUUCAAUGAAAGAAGUUGACCAGGUCUCUGGUCAGGAUUUAGUGCCCUCCCGACGAAUUGCCUCGGGCGCCAACAUGGAACGGUUGAACGGCUUGUCCUCGAAUGAUCGCUACGGAAACCUAGGCAGCACCGUGCCCGUUAUUGAAGAUGACUACAAUUCGAAAUCGAACAAGAACAAGAAGAGAAUGACGUCUCCGGAAAGAUGGGAAAUUAAACAACUGAUUGCCUCAGGAGCAAUAUCUGCUCAAGAUUAUCCUGAUAUUGACGAAGAAUAUAAUGCCACCUUGACCGGGGGGGGGCAAUUUGAAGAGGAAGAAGAUAUCGACAUCGAAGUCAGAGAGGAAGAACCGCCGUUCCUCGCUGGUCAAACGAAACAAUCCCUCGAGCUAUCACCCAUUCGAGUUGUGAAAGCGCCGGAAGGAUCCUUGAAUAGAGCAGCUCAAGCAGGAACAGCAUUAGCCAAGGAGAGAAGGGAAUUGAAGCAACAAGAAGCUGCCGACAGAGCGGCAGAAGAGGCAUCUAAGGUUGACCUGAAUGCCCAAUGGCAGGAUCCUAUGAUCAACCCUGAACAGCGGAAAUUUGCGGCAGACCUUCGACAGGCUCAACAGCAAUCAUCACGAGCAAUCGAAGCUAUUCCCGAAUGGAAGAGAGCAACCCAGAGCAAGGACCAAUCCUUCGGCAAAAGGACAACCAUGACGAUCAAACAACAAAGAGAGUCACUUCCGGUCUUUAAAUUUCGAAAGCAAUUACUCGAAGCAAUUGAUCAAAAUCAAUUGCUCAUUGUGGUUGGAGACACUGGUUCGGGCAAAACAACCCAAGUCACACAAUAUCUUGCUGAAGCAGGUUAUGCCAAUCACGGAAUGAUCGGUUGUACACAACCUCGUCGCGUUGCCGCCAUGUCGGUGGCAAAGCGGGUGUCGGAAGAAGUUGGUUGUGAACUUGGGAAGGAAGUUGGCUACACCAUUCGUUUCGAGGAUCGAACUUCUCCAGAAACCAAGAUCAAAUAUAUGACCGACGGCAUGCUCGAGAGAGAGAUUCUACUCGAUCCAGAUCUGAAAAGAUACUCGGUCAUUAUGCUGGACGAAGCACACGAAAGAACCAUUUCUACCGAUGUCCUCUUUGGUUUGCUGAAAAAGACACUCAAGAGACGCCCCGAUUUAAAGCUUAUUGUCACCUCGGCCACUCUCGAUGCAGACAAGUUUUCCGAAUACUUCAAUCAGUGCCCUAUCUUUUCAAUUCCAGGAAGAACAUUCCCGGUCGAGAUUAUGUAUUCAAGAGAGCCUGAAGAUGACUAUUUGGACGCCGCAUUGACCACCGUGAUGCAAAUUCAUCUGACUGAACCCCCUGGCGAUAUUUUAUUGUUCCUGACCGGACAAGAGGAAAUUGAUACCAGUUGCGAGGUUCUAUACGAAAGAAUGAAAGCCCUCGGUCCGAGUGUGCCGGAGUUGAUUAUUCUGCCUGUCUAUUCGGCCCUACCCAGUGAAAUGCAGAGCAGAAUUUUUGAACCAGCGCCACCCGGGAGCAGAAAAGUGGUCAUUGCUACCAAUAUUGCCGAGACGUCCAUCACGAUCGAUCAGAUUUAUUACGUGAUCGAUCCCGGUUUUGUCAAGCAGAAUGCUUACGAUCCUAAACUCGGCAUGGAUUCUUUGGUGGUGACGCCAAUCUCUCAAGCCCAAGCCAAACAGAGAGCAGGCCGAGCAGGAAGAACGGGACCGGGAAAAUGCUUUCGCUUAUACACCGAAGCCGCCUACCAUUCUGAGAUGCUGCCUACCACCAUUCCCGAAAUUCAGCGUCAGAACCUCUCCCAUACCAUUCUCAUGCUCAAAGCAAUGGGUAUUAAUGACCUGUUGCAUUUUGACUUUAUGGACCCACCCCCCACUAAUACCAUGUUGACUGCUCUCGAAGAACUCUAUGCCCUCUCAGCUCUUGAUGAUGAAGGUCUUCUUACUCGCCUGGGUCGAAAAAUGGCCGAUUUCCCCAUGGAACCGGCUCUCUCCAAAGUUCUCAUCGCCUCAGUCGACAUGGGCUGUUCGGAAGAAAUGCUCAGCAUCGUCGCCAUGCUCUCUGUUCAGACUGUAUUCUACCGCCCAAAGGAGAAACAACAACAAGCUGACCAGAAGAAAAGCAAAUUCCACGAUCCUCACGGUGACCACCUGACUUUGCUCAAUGUUUACAACGCCUGGAAAGCGUCCCGGUACAGCGAUCCGUGGUGUUUUGAAAAUUUCAUCCAAAAACGACAAAUUGCCCGCGCUCGUGAUGUUCGACAACAACUCGUCUCCAUCAUGGACCGGUACCGGCACCCGAUCGUCUCUUGUGGCCGCAACACUAUCAAGGUCCGCCAGGCCUUGUGUUCCGGGUUUUUUAGAAAUUCAGCCCGCAAGGAUCCUCAGGAAGGGUAUAAGACACUCAUCGAAGGGACACCCGUCUACAUGCAUCCGAGUAGUGCGUUGUUUGGGAAGCCGGCCGAACACGUCAUUUACCAUACCCUCGUGCUCACGACGAAAGAGUACAUGCAUUGUGCGACGGUGAUUGAGCCGAAGUGGCUUGUUGAAGCGGCGCCGACGUUCUUCAAAGUCGCGCCCACGGAUCGUCUGAGUAAGCGCAAGAAGGCCGAGAGAAUUCAACCAUUGCAUAACAAAUACGCGGGCGAGGAUGAAUGGAGGCUUAGCGCGCAGAAGAGGCAGGGCAGGGGUGGUGGCGGUGGCACUUGGGGUUGA